AUGUCGGACCUGUACAUCUCCGACUCCAUGCAGGACCUGCUGGACAUGGACAUCAAAACGGAAGUCACGACGGUGGUGGGUGGUGUGAACGAGUUCGUGUCACUGAUGAACUACGACCUGCCAUCACUCGAGCUAGACUCGAACUCACUCGACGGAGACAACUUCUUCAGUGGCGCGUUCACUACAGGCAGCAAUGAUCUGUAUGCGGAUGUAGGGACCUGCGCUAACCCGAACUACGUCAUGCCCGUCCUGUCAGCGUCGUCAGCAGCCGUUGCCACCGCGAGUCUGUCACCGAGCUUCUCGACUGGAGCCGGCAACCUGCUGGCAUCGCAGUCCUCCUCCAUGAGCGCGCUACUGGCAGCCCAAUCCCUGCUAAAGUCCCCGAAGCAGAAUCUUAACCUCAACACGACAGUGCACGGAGCGGGCCCUAAUCCGACGUUGCCGAGUCCGAAGGAGCGCAAGAGCCACCUCACGUUCUCACCAAACCUGCUCAAAGUGCCCAUGGUGGUGCAGGAAGCGAAGAAGAUGUCCAGCUUGGCGCAGAUCACGCGAGUCACCGCAGCCAGCAGUAGUCCGGCGGUGGUUACGGCCACUCCGAUUCAGAACGUGCGCAAGGAUCUCAGCGCACAGAUGGCGCUCAAGGAGGAGAAAAUCAUCGUUCGCAAUGGCAUCGUGAAGGCCAGCGCUAGCGAACACCUGGGAAUGGGUGGUGGCCACACAACGACGGUGGCUGGUGACACGACGAUCCACAAGACAACCACCGGCGCGACGGGACUCGGUGUAGGGCUUGGCAAAGGCAACACGAUCAAGCUGGCGGCUGGUAUCGGUGGGCUAACGUUCGCCAACAGCGUGCAGUUCAAGAACCUAAAGAGCGUACAGAAGAUCACCAAUGCGAGCGUGAACGGAGGUCUGAAGCGUGAUGCGAGCCCACACCGACAGCUGAAUGGCGGUGCAUCCAGUCCGAAGACGUUCAACCGGGGUGUGAUGAUCGAGGGCAAAGCUGGUUCCGGUGGGAUCAUCAUGCUUGGCAGCAUGCCGCACGGAUCACCAACAGCGAUGGUCGCGAGGCAAGUCCAGCAGCGGGCGAUGACUCCGACUGGUCCGAAGCAAAAGCCCGCCCAUCUGGGCAAGGCUGGUAACGGUGAAGAGAGCGAAUUUCCCAAACCGGCCUACUCGUACUCCUGUCUGAUAGCGAUGGCACUGAAGAACUCGCGAUCCGGCUCACUGCCCGUGUCCGAGAUCUACAGCUUCAUGUGCGAGCACUUCCCGUACUUCAAGACGGCACCGACCGGGUGGAAGAACUCGGUCCGGCACAAUCUGUCGCUGAACAAGUGCUUCGAGAAGAUCGAGAAACCAGCCACGAACGGUGGCCAGCGUAAGGGAUGUCUGUGGGCGAUGAACCCGGCCAAGAUCACGAAGAUGGAUGAGGAGGUGCAGAAGUGGUCUCGCAAGGACCCGCAGGCCAUCCGUAGGGCGAUGGUGCAUCCGGAGCAUCUCGAGGCGCUCGAACGGGGUGAGAUGAAGCACGGUUCGACCGGUGACGAUGACUUGGACGAUGAUCUGGAGAGUGACGGUGGUCCGUCCGACGUGGACGCCGAGGAGGUGGACGAGGAGGUGGUCGAUCCGGACGAGGACGAGGAAGAAGACGAAGAGGACGAGGAAGAGGAAGAGGACGACGUGGAGCUGAUCGAGCAGCACCACGAGACGAUCGACGUGGAUGCGGAAAGCUUCAUCAUCAACACGCCCGAGUCGUUGAUCGACGGUGACGAGGAUGGAACUGGAGAGCAUGUGGAUUUUGAUCUCGAGGUGCCAGAUUUCUACGAGAACAUCAACGUAGACUCCAAGGACAGCACGUUAGCGAUGGAUUUCACGCAGCAGGAUCUUUUGUCACUGGAAGAUGAGGACGAAUCACUGUACAUUGGUCAACUGCAGCAGCAGCACCGGCUCGGCGGUGGUGCCGUAACCAUCGCCCAACAGCCUCAGGUGCUCCACCAGACGCAGAUUAUACCUCACCACCGGCAAGCGUCGUCACAGCAACCGCUGGCGAAACGGGCGCGACUUGACGUUAACUACUCUAUCUCGUCACCUGCCCAGAACGGCACGGCGAAUCUCGUGAAUGUCAUAUCCAGCCGCCAGCCGACGAUAGUGAACGGUAUCAGCAACGGUAACACCGUCACAGUGACCACCGUCAAUGGUAACAACGCUAUGGGGAUGAGCUUUCAGCAACAAUUCCAGCAGCAGAGCACACUUCAGCACCAGCAGCAGAUCCGGCAGCAACAGCACCAACAAGGGACCGUGAGGAGAAAAAUACCCAUGAUAACGCGGUUAGUGUAA